AUGGCCGCCCCUGUAGAGUCCUGUGCGGGGCCGGGGGUCUGGAACCAGACGAAGCCCAAGCCUGCCGCUGCCCACCUGCUGAACCUAUGCUUCCUGAGAACGGUGGGGGUCUGGGUGCCCCCCAUGUACCUCUGGGUCCUCGGCCCCAUCUACCUCCUCUACAUCCACCGGCAUGGCAGGGGCUACCUCCGGAUGUCCCCUCUCUUCAAGGCCAGAAUGGUGCUCGGGUCCACCCUGCUAGUCCUGUACACCUCCAGUGUGGCUGUCUCACUUUGGAAAAUCCAGCGAAGAAUGCCCCAGGCCUUGGAAUUUCUAAUUCACCCCACCGUGUGGCUCGCCACCACGAGCUUCGCCCUGUUCAUUAUCCACGUGGAGAGGAAGAAGGGGGUCCAGGCUUCUGGGGUGCUGUUCGGGUACUGGCUGCUCUGCUGCCUCUUGCCGGCCACCAGCGCUGCCCAGCAGGCCUCACAAGGGGGCUUCCAGAGUGACCCUUUCCGCCACCUGUCGACUUACCUGUGUUUGACUCUAGUUGUGGCGCAGUUUGUGCUGUCCUGCCUGGCGGAUCAACCCCCCUUCUUUCCUAAAGACCCCCAGCAGUCUAAUCCAUGUCCAGAGGCUGGGGCCUCCUUCCCCUCUAAGGCCAUGUUCUGGUGGGUUUCUGGGCUGGUCUGGAGAGGCUACAGGAGGCCUCUGGGACCAAAAGAUCUCUGGUCACUUGGGAAAGAAAACUCCUCAGAAGAACUUGUUUCCCAGCUUGAAAGAGAAUGGACAAAGAAGCGGGCAAGAGUCAGAAGGCACACCAAGGCUGCAGCACUUGGAAGGAGAGGAGGCAGUGGUGCGGAGGCCCAGGAGACCGAGGCCUUCCUACAGGAAGAAGGGAGUAAGAGGGGCCCGCUGCUGGGCGCCAUCUGGCAGGUGUCCCGCUCUGCCUUCCUCCUAGGGACCCUCAGCCUUGUCAUCAGUGAUGUCUUCAGGUUCACUGUACCCAAGCUCCUCAGCCUUUUUCUGGAGUUUGUUGGUGAUCCGAAGGCCCCAGCCUGGAAGGGCUACCUUCUCGCGGUGCUGAUGUUCCUCUGUGCCUGCCUGCAAACGCUGUUUGAGCAGCAGCACAUGUACAGGCUGAAGCUGCUGCAGAUGAGGCUGCGGACAGCCAUCACUGGCCUGGUGACCAGAAAGGUCCUGGCUCUCUCCAGCGGCUCCAGGAAGGCCAGCGCAGUAGGGGACGUGGUCAACCUGGUGUCCGUGGACGUGCAGCGGCUGACUGAGAGCAUCCUGUACCUCAACGGGCUGUGGCUGCCCCUCAUCUGGAUUGUCGUCUGCUUCGUCCUCCUGUGGCAGCUCCUGGGACCCUCUGUCCUCACCGCCAUUGCUGUCUUCCUGAGUCUCCUCCCUCUGAACUUCUUCAUCACGAAGAAGAGGAACCACCAUCAGGAAGAGCAGAUGCGUCAGAAGGACUCCCGGGCACGGCUCUCCAGCUCCGUCCUCAGGAAUGUGAGGAUCAUCAAGUUCCAUGGUUGGGAGGAGGCUUUUCUGGAGCGCGUCCUGCACAUUCGGGGUCAGGAGCUGGGUGCCCUGCGGACCUCCGGCCUCCUCUUCUGCGUGUCCCUGGUGUCCUUCCACGUGUCCACGUUUCUGGUGGCACUGCUUGUGUUCGCCGUCCACACUCUGGUGGCCAAGGAGAAUGCCAUGGACGCAGAGAAAGCCUUCGUGACCCUCACAGUUCUCCACAUCCUCAACAAGGCCCAGGCCUUCCUGCCGUUCUCCAUCCACUCCGUCGUCCAGGCCCGGGUGUCCCUUGACCGCCUAGCCACCUUCCUCUGCCUGGAAGAAGUUGACCCUGGUGCUGUGGACUCAAGUCCCUCUAGAUGCUCUGCCGGGGAGGACUGCAUCACUGUACACCAUGGAACCUUCGCCUGGUCCUGGGAAGGCCCUCCCUGCCUCCAGAGGAUAAACCUCACGGUGCCCCAGGGCUGUCUGCUGGCUGUCAUCGGUCCAGUGGGGUCAGGGAAGUCCUCCCUGCUGUCCGCCCUCCUUGGGGAGCUGUCAAAGGUGGAGGGGUCCGUGAGUAUCAAGGGUCCUGUGGCCUACGUGCCCCAGGAGGCCUGGCUCCAGAAUGCCUCCGUGGUGGAGAAUGUAUGCUUCCAGCAGGAGCUGGACCCGCUGUGGCUGGAGAGAGUCCUGGAGGCCUGUGCCCUGGGGCCAGAUGUGGACUGCUUCCCUGCAGGAGUCCACACCCAAGUCGGGGAGCAGGGCAUGAGUCUCUCAGGGGGCCAGAAGCAGCGGCUGAACUUGGCCCGGGCCGUUUACAGGAAGGCUGCAGUAUACCUGCUGGAUGAUCCCCUGGCGUCCCUGGAUGCCCAUGUCGGCCAGCAAGUCUUCAACCAGGUCAUCGGGCCUGGCGGGCUGCUCCAGGGAACGACACGGAUCCUCGUGACCCACGCGCUCCACAUCCUGCCCCAGGCUGAUCAGAUCGUGGUGCUGGAGGACGGGGCCAUCACAGAGAUGGGCUCCUACCAGGAGCUUCUGCAUAGGAAUGGGGCCAUGGUGGACCUUCUGAGUCGGGCCAGGCAGUCAGGAGAUGGAGGAGAAGGAGAAACAGACCCUCUGACCAGUGCUGAGGACUCCAGAGGCUCCCCUGGAGGCGGGAGGCCUGCGGGCAGACGAGAGAGGUCUAUCAAGUUAGUCCCCGAAAAGGACAGCACCACCUGGAAGGCCCAGACAGGGGUCACCCUAGAUGACCCUGAGUGGGCAGGACAGCCGACAGAAGACUGCGUACCAUAUGGCAGGGUGAAGGCUGCCAUGUACCUGACUUACCUGCGGGCUGUGGGCGCCCCUCUCUGCUUCUACACACUCUUCCUCUUCCUCUGCCAGCAAGUGGCCUCCUUCUGCCGCAGCUACUGGCUGAGCCUGUGGGCAGACGACCCCGCCGUGGACGGGCGCCAGGCGCACGCGGCCCUGCGUGGCUCAGUCUUUGGGCUCCUGGGCUGUCUCCAAGCCACUGGGCUGUUCGCCGCCAUGGCCAUGGUGCUUGUAGGUGGGGCCCGGGCAUCCAGCCUGCUCUUCCGGAGGCUCCUGUGGGACGUGGUGCGCUUGCCCAUUGGCUUCUUUGAGCAGACGCCCGUUGGGAACCUGCUGAACCGCUUUUCCAAGGAGACAGACAUAGUAGAUGUGGACAUCCCGGACAAACUGCGGUCUUUGCUGACCUAUGUGUUUGGACUCCUGGAGGUCAUCCUGGUGGUGGUGGUGGCCACUCCACUGGCCAUCAUAGCCAUCCUACCACUGCUGCUCCUGUAUGCUGGGUUUCAGAGCCUCUAUGUGGCCAGUUCAUGCCAGCUGCGACGCCUGGAGUCAGCCACCCACUCGCUCGUGUGCUCCCACGUGGCCGAGACGUUCCAGGGUAGCACGGUGGUCAGGGCCUUCCGGGCCAAGGGCCCCUUUGUGGCUCAGAGUGACACACGUGUGGAUGAAAGCCAGAGAGUCAACUUCCCACGGCUGGUGGCCGACAGGUGGCUUGCUGCCAAUCUGGAGCUGCUGGGGAACAGCCUGGUGUUUGCGGCCGCCAUGUGCGCUGUGCUGAGCAAGGCCUACCUGAGAGCCGGCCUCGUGGGCUUCUCUGUCUCCACUGCCCUCCUGGUGACCCAGACGCUGCAGUGGGCCGUCCGCAACUGGACAGACCUGGAGAGUAGCAUCGUGUCCGUGGAGAGGAUGAAGGACUACGCCCAGACGCCCAAGGAGCUCCCCUGGAAGCUGCCCACCUGUGCAGCCCGGCACCCCUGGCCUCAUGCAGGGCAGAUUGAGUUCCGGGACUUUGGGCUGCGGUACCGGCCCGAGCUCCCGCUGGCUGUGCGAGGUGUGUCCAUAAAGAUCCACGCGGGAGAGAAGGUGGGCAUCGUAGGCAGGACAGGGGCUGGGAAGUCCUCCCUGGCCAGGGGCCUGCUGCGGCUCCUGGAGGCAGCUGAGGGCGGAAUCUGGAUCGACGGGGUCCCCAUCACCCGCGUGGGGCUGCACACACUGCGGUCCAGGAUCACCAUCAUCCCCCAGGACCCCAUCUUGUUCCCUGGCUCUCUGCGGAUGAACCUCGACCUGCUACGUGAGCACACAGAUGAGGCCAUCUGGGCGGCCUUGGAGACUGUGCAGCUGAAAGCUGUGGUGGCCAGCCUGCCCGGCCAGCUGCAAUACCAGUGUGCCGACCAGGGGGACAACCUGAGCAUUGGCCAGAAGCAGCUCCUGUGUCUGGCUCGCACUCUGCUCCGGCAAACCCAGAUCCUCAUCCUGGAUGAGGCCACGGCGGCUGUGGACCCUGGGACGGAGCACCAGAUCCAGGCAGCCCUCGGUAGCUGGUUUGCCCAGUGCACCGUGCUGCUCAUCGCCCACCGCCUGCGCUCGGUGAUGGACUGCACCCGGGUGCUGGUCAUGGACAAGGGGCAGGUGGCAGAGAGCGGCAGCCCGGCUGAGUUGCUGGCCCAGGAGGGCCUGUUUUACAGGCUGGCGCAGGAGUCAGGCCUGGUCUGA